AUGAUGACACACUCGGCGGGGCCCACGCCCACGCCAGUUCGUCGAGUCACCCGUAGUCAGAGCCGGAACAGGGAUCUUGGUUAUUCGAAAGGUGCUUCAAAGGGAUCCAGUAAUCUUGCUGUGAGCAAGGGCGUUACCGAUCGUUUGACUGCGGUCCCCGAAGAAAGAACGCCAUUAUCUUCAACACAACAUUCUUUUUUGGCAUCUUCGGUGAUAACCGGUAGUACGCCAAGCACUCCAGGAAAUGCAGAAGGCCACAGUAAUAUCUCGGGAACCACGUUCCUGAAUCAAGAUUACGCUGAUUCGGACGAUGAGGCCUCACAAGACCCCAUCCUGAUGCUUGAUGAGCUUCCCGACCUCCAGCAUGCAGCGUCUCGCCUAACUAAUUUACUUGUCUCCAACCACUCUGACCCGAUUGGACUCGUGAACGCAGCAAAACGGAUGCGCAUUGCCGGUCUGGCAAGCAAAGACAACCGACGGCUGAGAUCACAAUGCAGAAAACUUGUGGAGAGGAUGACGCAAUAUGGUACGCAGUCUUUCAUCGAUGUCGGCUACAUUAAGGGUAUGAUUCCAUCUAUCUCUGCUAGUGUGGAUGACCAACCUUGGAGUCCGUUGCCGGCGCUUCACAGCGCAAACUGUGCUCGGUUGGCUUUCGAGGUUCUACUCUCAGCCGGUGAUUCGGAAUCCGCGAAACAGAUGGUUGAAAGUCUCAAUAGUCACUUCCCUGCUCCGUUCUUGAAUCAGUUGACCAAUGGUCGGGAGUCAAACCUGGUUGGGUCGAGUGCGGCUGAAAAAGCCACAUGGGAGCUUGCCCUUGAAAUCCGCACUCAACACUUUAUCAUGGAAUUUGGGCGACGCCAGAAUGAGAAGGAUUUCGACCCAGCACUCCUGCUCCGUUCGAUCUUCUACAAUGAAUCAAAUCACGAGGGCGCUGAGUUGGAUUCCCGCUGGCUUCGAGGCUUUUCUCUGGCAACGGCCUUCAAAGAUGAGAAUGAAUGCCUCCCAGAUCGUUAUCAUGAUGCUGUUCUUGAUCGUAUUGGAGAACUGGAACUCGAUUUCUUUGAUGAUGAUGGUGCUCCCAACGCGAAAGGUCUUCGGGCUGCUUUUUCCUGGCAGCGGUUUACCGUGCGGACGGCGCGUUUCUUGCACAUCCGUGAUAAAGAAAUCCGACGCGACCUGAAAGCGCAGGCAGACUUUGAUGAUGUUCAUGAUAUCCUCGAAACAAAACUGAAGGCUGGCGAGGCCGCUGCUGAUGACACGCCUGCGCAGCCAGAGGAUAUCUCCACCGCCGAUGAAUCGUCUUUACAUUCCUCGGUACAGGACAAUCUGAACCCCAUAAAUCAAAUGAAGCAGCCGAGAGGAAGGGACUCGAGUGUUCCCGAGACUGAUGAGUCUUUGUUGGAAAGUCCGACACAAGAAUCCGGGGAACAACCGCCGCUUCAGGGAAAUUUGAAACGCGUUUCGCCAGUCGUGGGAUCAACAACACGCGACAAUCAGAACUUGCAAAGAACUCAGCGCGUCCGGGAAACUUCUCCAUCAGAGCAACAAAGAUCUUUCGCAACUGAAACCACGCUCAACAACUCACCUCCCAAAAAUAUCCCUCCCCCUCCCUCUCAUCAUUAUCCCCCUCCUUCCCCUGCUUCCCCUGCUUCCCCUGCUGCACCCCCUGCUCCCCCGGUCAACCUGGUCAACCAAAGUGAAAAGAUGGCGGAUUCUCGAAAAAAUCGAAGGAUGUCCGGUAAAAAGUUUCUCACUAAGGGCAAUGCCGACAUUUUGAAACGUCUGAGCAGUAACCCAUCAGCUCGGCCUGAGCGACCUGCAGUCGCCGCGUCUGCCACAAAUGAAGAAAGCACUGCAGACCCAGGACACAAUGACAAUUUCUUGGCUCACGAUGACACGAUGGAUCACUUUGAGUUUACCGAGGGGCUGGACGAAUCAACCACUCCUCCUGGUUCUGCCCGAACACGGAAUGUGAGCCAUCCUCCAGCGUUUAGUUCUCCCGGACCAAGUGGACUUCGAGCGCCACCCUUGACAGUCGAACCCAUUGGAGGAAGUCCAUCAGUUCCACAAGCUGGACAAGAGCCGCGCGCGCGAACACCUCAACGGACCUUCAUUGAUCGCCAGACAACAGCUAGAAGGGUCUCGCCUAUUGACAGUCGAGCGGAUAGCCAGAGCGCAGAGCGUCGACCACGACCUCAGCUUAAAGAUUUGCUCUCGCAAGCUUCCCGAAAGCGUCCCCUCCCAGAAUCUGAUGACGAUUCCAGUGUGUUUGAGGUGGACGAACGCUCCCCCGAUGUGAAUGUGAAACGAGCAGCCAAGCCACUGCGCAAGCGACAUGCCCCCGAACGGCCGGAACACAGCGCUGUCGGUACUGCCAAUGAAGCAGAUAACCAACCAGGCUUAACCACUACUCGGGAAUCGUCCUCCACCCCAGCUCACCGUCCUUCAAUGGCUACCCUUCAACGCUCGACGGAUGAAAUUCCUGCAGCGGUGUCUGCAUGGGAGGCUCGAAACACUCCUGCUCUACAAACAAGUACGAAUCAACCCAUGACCAUCGUGCGUGAUUCCUCGACGGAUGAAAUUCCUGUAGUGGUGUCUGAAUGGGAGGCUCGAAAUACGCGGCAAAUAACUCCGGUUGAAUCCCCUAGGAGAGUGCGUUUCACAGGGUCCUGGGGAUCCUCAGAGGUCCCUGUGCUCGACUUAAACCGUCCUCGGGAAGCACCCGCCGCUUCAGCUCGUCUUCAGACUGCCCUACAAACAAGAACGAAUCAACCCAUGAACAACGUGCGUGAUUCCUUGAAUUCCACCUCGCCUGCAGCGGUGUCUGGAUGGGAGGCACGAAAUACCCGGCAACAUGGGACAGUACCUCCUGGUGAGAAAGGCAGGUGGUGCCAGGCGGAAGAUGAGCGCCUAUGCAAGCUCAUGAAACGAUGGGGGACAGCGUGGGCCACCAUUAUCUUGGAGGACAAGCUAUGUCCUGAAAAUCUGGGUGGACCUAUCCUCGCCAUUAGGAAUCGGGACGAGGUAAAUUGCAAGGAUCGUGCACGUCUCCUGAAGCAAAAGUUUGCACGCGGCGGUCCAGAAAAUGUACCUGACUAUCUCAGGGGGGCUACGAAGCCAUCGAAGCCCAGAGGCAAGCAGUAA